UCCCCGGCCGGCAAGAGGCUGCGCCUGGAGCCCGACAGCGGCCCCAGGGCCGCCCCCGGCUCCCCGCCCGGCCCCAGCUCGGCUGCCCGCGGCCAGGACUGGCUGCGGGAUGCGGACAGCGACGGCAGCGACGCGGGAGACGCGGCUCCGGAUGGAUACUCCCACCUAUCAGCCUAUGAAAGGAAAAGACUAAAGAACAUCACAGAAAAUGCUAAAUUCUUUGCUGCUCUAAAGCUGCAUGAGUCAGCUGCAAGACUCAACCAACUUACCACUAAAAGGCAAUCUCAGGUCACUAAAAGGCCCAAGCCUAAGAAGGUGGAGGACGAGCCAGCGCUGCGGCGAUCCAUGCGCCUGCUCAGGGUGGAGCCUCCGCUGGACAUCCCGCUGCUGGACACGUUUUCCCGGCCAGAAGCAGAGGAAUAUCCUCCAGUUCCAGUCGGACCUUUGCCCAUGCUUCCAGAGGGCCAGGUGGCCAGCAGUAAAAGGACAGAGGCCUUACUGAGCACGUGGAUGAGGAUAAGUGAGGUGAAAGCGGAUGAUGCUGAGCGGGGCACACCUGACAUGAAGAGGUACCAGGAGAGCCUGGGCAGCAUGGUGCUGAGGGAGGAGAACAUCAGGAAGGUGGUGAAAUCCCGGGUGUGUUCCAUGGCCAUCCACCCUUCCGAAAGCACCAUCCUCGUGGCAGCUGGAGACAAGUUUGGGCACGUUGGCCUCUGGAAUGUGGGCUGCGGGACGGAGGAAGGAGCCCACAUGUUCAUCCCCCACAGCUUCCAUGUGAACUGCAUGCACUUCUCUCCCUGCAACCCUGCUCACUUGCUGUCCCUCAGCAAUAACACUCUGCGCUGUGGCGAUGUCACCAAGGCUGUCUUUGAUGAGGUCUGCAGGAGUGAGGAAGACUUGUCCUGCUUCGACUUCCUGGAAGAGAAUGCCUGCACUGCCAUAGUGAGUCAGUGGGCUGGGCCCGUGGCUCUUGUGGACAGACGGACGCCAGGGGUGUCCUCGGAGCUCUCUGUGGACAUUGGCUUCAGGAGGAUACGGACAGUCCACGUGCACCCCGUGAAAAAACAGUAUUUCCUGGCUGCUGGGUCCGUGGAUGUUUGUGUUUUUGAUGUUCGGUACCUUCGGAACACCAAGGAGAACAAGCCCCUGAGCACUCUGACAGGACACACCAAAAGUGUGGCCUCAGCCUAUUUCUCACCUGUCACUGGCAGCAGGGUGGUGACCGUGUGUGCUGAUGACAAGCUGAGGGUCUACGACACCACGUCCUUGUCACCCACUGUCACACUGCUCAGCUCCAUCAGCCACAACAACAACACGGGCCGCUGGCUGAGCCGCUUCAGGGCCAUCUGGGACCCCAAGCAGGAGCACUGCUUCCUGGUGGGCAGCAUGGCACAGCCCAGGCAGAUCGAGGUCUUCCAGGACACGGGGAAGCUGCUGCACUCCUUCUACAACGUGGACUGCCUCAACUCCGUGUGCUCCAUCAACGUGGUCCACCCCAGCCAGAACAUCCUGGUGGGAGGCAACUCCAGUGGCCGCCUCCACGUGUUCAAAUAGAAGUGUCUUAGGUCUUCAUUUUCUACCUUCCUGCACUGACUUUGUUUAUUCUGUAUUAAGCAGUUCUGAAGCUGAUUGUUGUUUCUCAGGACAGAAGUGUACUUUGAAAGUCUUAAAAUAAAUAGUUUAAACUGC